CACACUUUGGAUUGGAAACCCUAGUCAGUGGAGAGACGACUGCAGGGGUUGUAAUAUAAAAGCUUCGUUGUCUUCUCGCGGCACCGCUCUCCUUCCUCCCUCUCUCUUGCGUCCUUUGGCUGCGGCUGCUGUGAGAGCUUUCUGUAAAUUUCUAGAGAGAGAAAGAGCGGAAACCCUAGAAAGUCGAAAACCAUGUCGGACGAAGAGCAUCACUUCGAGUCCAAGGCCGAUGCUGGAGCCUCCAAAACCUAUCCCCAACAAGCCGGUACCAUCCGCAAGAACGGUUACAUCGUCAUCAAAAACCGUCCUUGCAAGGUUGUUGAGGUUUCUACCUCUAAAACUGGCAAGCAUGGGCAUGCCAAGUGUCACUUUGUGGGCAUUGAUAUAUUCAAUGGCAAGAAGCUUGAAGAUAUUGUCCCAUCAUCCCAUAACUGCGAUGUUCCUCAUGUUACUCGUACUGAUUAUCAACUGAUUGAUAUUUCUGAAGAUGGUUUUGUGAGUCUUUUGACUGAGAAUGGUAACACCAAGGAUGACUUGAAGCUUCCCACCGAUGAAAGUCUGCUCAGCCAGAUUAAAGAUGGGUUUGCUGAAGGGAAAGACCUUGUUGUGUCGGUUAUGUGUGCUAUGGGGGAAGAACAGAUCAAUGCCCUCAAGGACAUUGGCCCAAAGAACUAAAAUUCUUGGGGUCUCUUGUAUAAUGUCUGCGCACAACAUGCAUGGGAGAGCUCAUCUCAAACAAGUUCCAUGGUGCCAGAAGUUGCAUAGUUGAAAGUUCUGGGUAUGAACCUCCAUGAUCUUUUUAUGUUUCUGAAGGCUUGUUUCGGUUAAGACAGUAACCAUAUUAUAGUGUCAUGAAAUAUUUUUUUGAUUUUUGGGGUUGUAAGUGACUGGUUUCGAUUUGGUUUUGUGUGCUUCCUUGAGACAAAAGUGUAGCUGGAUGGAUUACAUUUUCUGUGCACCCUAAGUUAAUUUACAAUAUGAACUGAGAAAAUUCAAUUUUCUUGGUAAAUAUUGUCUGCGUAUGGUUUUGAUUUUA